GCGCUGACCGCCACGCUCGGCCUGGAGCGCCCGACCCUCGUGCAGUCGCGCGGCAUCCCCGUCGCGCUGGAGGGCAAGGACUUGCUCUGCCGCGCCCGCACAGGCAGCGGGAAAACCCUCUGCUACGCGGUGCCGAUGGUGCAGAGGCUGCUCGUGGACGCGGAGGCCAAGGGCUCGUCCACACCGCUGGCCGGCCUGGUGCUGGUGCCGACGAAGGAGCUCAUCGCGCAGGUCCACGGCGUCAUCUCGUCGUUGCUGUCAUUCUGCUUCGACGUGCUCACCGCUGAGCCGCUUCUCUCAGGACAGAGCUACGGCAAGGCUGAGCUUCCCUCCGUCCUUGUCACCACGCCGUCGUCGCUGGUGGCUCUGGUGGAGCAGCGCCGUGGCACCAUGCAGCCGCUGUCCGAAUCGCUCAAGGUCCUCGUGGUGGACGAGGCAGACCUCAUGUUCUCGUUCGGCUACGAGGGCGACGUGCGAGGGCUGUGUGCGAUGCUGCCAUCAGCCUACCAGGCAAUGCUGGUCUCCGCGACUCUGUCGGAGGAGGUGGAGCAGCUGAAGGGCCUGAUGCUGCACAAGCCGGUGGUCCUUAAAUUGGAGGAGCCUAGUGUCACUGGGAAGCUCGCCCAGUUCUACCUGUCGUGCCACAGGACCGACAAGUACCUCAUCCUGUACACGCUGCUCAAGCUGCAGCUGGUUCAUGGCAAGACGUUGAUAUUCGUCAAGAGCAUUGACGCGGCGUACAGGCUGAAGAUCUUCCUGGAGCGUUUCUCGAUCAAUUCCGCGGUUCUGAACGCGGAGCUGCCGCACGCCACUAGGCAGAACAUAAUCCAGGCGUUCAACCAGAGCUUGGUGGAGAUCCUGAUCGCCACCGACGCUGGCCUGGCAGGCGACGACGCCGCCGACGCCGAGGCCGACGCCGAGGCUGAAGCCGAGGCCGAGGCCGAGGCCGAGACCGAGGAGGACGCGACGACCGGGGCGGGAGCUGCACUGGUCAUCGCGCCCCUUUCCGCUGCUACCCCAGACGCCUCGCGGAGGGGCGACGGGCGGAUGCCCGACGCCCCGCCGCAGAGGGCUGCGCUGGCCGAGGCCCCUGCUGCUGCGUUCCUGUCACGCGCGUCCUUGCCUCGAGGCGGCAGUGGGUACCCAGAACCGACCAACGGCAAUGGCAAACACAUCAUCAGCUUCGUAGCCGACACCGUCAUCAACACCACGAAGGAUCCAGGCAACAACUCGUUUACGCAUAUCGGAUCGAAGGGGCAGCGCCACAGGAUCGACUACAUCCUGCUGAGCUCCUCCAUCGCCCCGUACGUCGCGAGCUGCAGCACGGAGCCAGGUCUUGACCGAGGCACAGCUGCACAAGACCACAUACCAGUACCCGCCACCCUCAAGUGGGCCGUCUGCAAGACCACCAAGGCCUCAGGACCGCGGCCCGAUCUGACCAACUUAAACAACGAUGACGCCAAGGCCAGCUUUAAGGAGAUUCUCAAGCAGGCCCCGAUCAUCCCCUGGGAGGUGGACGUCAACACCCACUGCGAGGAGGUCACCAGAGUCGUCAACAACGCGGCCAUCCAGGCCUUCGGCAAGGCCGUCAAGGCAGCGAGGAAGCCCUACGUCACCAAGACUACCAUGGGCCUAAUCCGAGCCAGGCGCCUCACACUUCGAGUCCAUCGCGCAGUGCUCAGAGGAGAAGCCCAUGACGACCGACCUGGACGACUAGUAGCCCACGCCCACUCUCUUCUUGGAGGCGAGGUCGGGGCCUCACUGGCCCAGUGGAGCAGAGAGCGUGGCGACGACGAUGGCACCAUCCACGACAUCCACGACUACGCGCACCUCCUCCUGAACUGGACGAUCUCGCCCAUGGUCUACGCCAUGGCCAUCCUCUCCUUCCUCACCAGGUCUGGGCUGCUCGUUGCCGCGGCCGUCGAGAAAGACCGUAGUGCCUUCCUCAGCCGGCUUGCCUCAACUGCGUCCUCCGCCUCCGCUGCGAACGACGCUGCGGCCCAGUGGAAGGCCUACCGCGACCUAUUAAGGUAUGGCGGGAGGAAGGCGAAGUUCCCAGCAGGAAAGCCGAUGAGGCUCGACAAGGAUGGAGAGGUGAUCCACAACUCCCAGGACAUGGCGGACCAGGAGCUCAACCAUUUCGCGAAGAUACAGGCGGGCAAGAUCGUGACAGCGGAUGAUCUCGCCAACAAGUAUAACCAUGACAGCAAGACCAGGCCCUUCGACGGCAUGCUGGAUCUCUCCAUGGUGAUGCCCCUGGCCGUCUGCCAGGCCCAGUUCGCUGCGGCCAAGACUGGGACGCAAGGAGGCCCUGACGGGCUCACGAACGCCGUCCUCAGGGCGGCCCCUACAGAGGCAGCCACUCUACUGCGCCCCCUCUUCACCAAGGUGGCGACCACCGUACGGGAGCCGCUGAGCUUCAAGGGCGGGGACCUGGUCGCAAUCCCCAAAGGAAAAGGCGACCCGCGAUACCUCCUAGCGUACCGCGAGAUCCUCUUAAACAACGUCCUGGGCAAGCACCACCAUAAAUACCUGAGGGCCAUGCUCAACACUACCCUCGCCAUAGCGCUGGAGGACAUCCAGGAGGCCUUCUACUCGGUUGUCGCCCAGCUGGUCCACGGCAUCGCAGGCGAGGAGGACGAAGUCAAGGAGGUGCUGGACAACCUAGAAGUUCCCCUAUGGGCCCAGCCACAAUUGGAGCACCUCAUGGCCAACCCAGGGAUGCUCGACACAGUGUUGGACGGCUCCCACCUGGCUGCCCUCAUUGCAGAAGGGUAUCGCAACAGGUGGACAUCGCACAGGUUCUCCCAGAACUUCAUGGCGCCGCACAAGGGCACGAGGCCUGGCGCGCCCCUAGCCGACGCGGACUUCAAUCUGCUCUUCGGCCGACACCAGGAGCCUGAGCCCCACGCAGUCAAGCAGUUCCACUCGACCAGCGCGACCGAGCCCAGUACCAAGAGCCUACCAUCACCAAGCCAAACGACCACUGGAUCAGCGAUGCCGAGUUCCAUGGAGUUGAAUGGAAAAGGUUCCUCAUACCGCGCCAAGUACUACCACUUCGACCAGCACGACGGUGCCGAGCACCACAGGGUCGAGGGCCAGCCACACCACAAGCUCGAGGGCAACAUAAUCAUGCUGUACUACAAGACCGAGGGCCACCACGUGGCCCAGCGAGUUGGACGAGAAGUCCUCGUCCAGUACCACCAGAUCGACGAGUACUGA